AGAAAUAGCAGCGCGGCGGUUCCGCCCGCGGGCUGGCGCGAGCGCGGCCGAGGCGGCUGGAAGCGGCUGGGCGCGGCGCGGGCCCCGGGCCCGGACGAUGCUGCAGAGCCCCGGCCCGGCCCGGCCCCGCGCACAUGAUGGCGAUACGGGAGCUCAAAGUGUGCCUUCUCGGGGACACGGGGGUUGGGAAGUCGAGCAUCGUGUGCCGGUUCGUCCAGGACCACUUCGACCAUAACAUCAGCCCUACCAUUGGGGCGUCCUUCAUGACCAAAACUGUGCCUUGCGGAAAUGAACUUCACAAGUUCCUCAUCUGGGACACUGCUGGUCAGGAGCGGUUCCACUCCCUGGCUCCCAUGUACUACCGAGGGUCGGCAGCUGCUGUCAUCGUGUACGACAUCACCAAACAGGACUCAUUCCAUACGCUGAAGAAAUGGGUGAAGGAACUGAAGGAACACGGCCCAGAACACAUCGUGGUGGCCAUCGCCGGGAACAAGUGCGACCUCUCGGACAUCAGGGAGGUUCCCCUGAAGGAUGCUAAGGAAUAUGCUGAAUCCAUAGGUGCUAUCGUGGUGGAGACGAGCGCGAAGAACGCCAUUAACAUCGAGGAGCUCUUUCAAGGAAUCAGCCGCCAGAUCCCACCCUUGGAGCCGCACGAGAACGGGAACAGCGGGGCCAUCAAGCUGGUCAAGCCAUCUGCGCAAGGGGGCCGGCGGUGCUGCUGACCAGAGGCCCCUGCACCCCGUGCCGAGGAAGCGGGGGCACGCGCGGUGCCUGCCGGGGACCCCACUCUCCGGGGCCGGCACCGCGCUCGGAGAACUGCACCCGCAGCCUCGCACCUGGAAGACCCGCAGGAGCGGGCGGGAGAUGGCCCUGAAAGGGGAAUGGGAAACUCGGCACACCCACCGCCCACCACGGCGCGGCCUGGGGAGCAUGAAACGCUCGCAGGAGGGACCAUACUUAUUAGGCGAUAGGUACAGUUGCCUUUUGGUUAAUGACAUGAGAAAGAUCUUGGAUUUGUCCCCAAGUCUGGAAGUACCGUUACCUGAUUUCCUGUGUCACCUAGCCAGAGUCGGGGAACCUCUGCAGUGCCCUGGCCUCCUCCGAAGGGCAGAGUCACUGUAGGAGGUAGGUUUCAGCUGGCUGUAGAAGCGAGCCUUCAUUUAUGAGUUUUCUGAAGGAAACCAGAGGAGUUAAGGGGACCACCACUGAAGCUGGGAGUGAGCUACUGUAGAGAAGGAGGUGUGAGCGAGUGUCAUGGACUCUCUUGAUCUAAGGCAUGAACAUUUUCCUGUUUUGGAAACAAAAUCAGACCAGAUUGUGAAUUAGGUUUGGAAGGCCCGUUUGAAAGUCAGUGAAGUCCUCACCACGUGAACAGAGGGAGGGUGUAGGUGUCACCCUGGGGACCACCCGGCCUAUGUCCCUGCUCUCUUGCAGACAUUGAGUGCCCAGAUAUUUCCUCAAGAGAAUAUGUUCUGGAUCAUGUCUAGGGGGCACUAGCUGGAGGGCAUUGGAAUCCAAAUUGUAGGACAAACGUCUAAUAAUAGCCACUAAUCAUGAGUUACAGCCAAGCCAGCCAAAGGAAGUAUUGCCACCUUUAAAUCCUAGACCCCAAAGCUCCAAGAUCAGAGAAGGCAUUUUAAAUGCUGCAGGCGAGGGGAGGAAGGUAGCGGGACCACCCAGUCAGCCAGAGUGCCCAUGAGCUGGGGACAGGCCCUGAAGGCCUCCUUUCCAGGAGGUUAAAGAGAUCUGGGUCCAAAGGAAGCAAAGGGAGAGGAAGCGUGGAAAGGAUCUAGAGCUGUUUUCCUUGAACAUUCAAAUCCCGUUACCACCCCAUCUCUGUAGAACCUUGGAAUCAGGAAGCAGCUGGUUUCCUGGCAGGCUUGUAUCGGGAGGCAGGACCAGGACAGCCGUGCCCCGGGGGCCAUGCUGCUGGGAGCUGGCACGGGCAGCAGGUCUUCUGUGCCCUGAACAUUCAAAGGCCAGCAGACCUCCCGUGGUGCCCGACCUUGGGAAGGUCGGAAAGGAGGUCUGGGCUGACGCCUGGGAGCUGUGACUCGGCACGAGCCGUGCUGUGGGACCGCCAAAGUGUGCCACCAGGCCCGGAGGCCUUGGAGCGCUCUGCUGGACGUGGUCACCCUUCCCACUGCCGGGCUGCCCUCGUCAGUGAGCCUCACCACAGGACGAGGAAAGGCUGGAGAUCACCUUCGCUCCCUGUCCCGCGACUGGCUCGUGGGAGACGCUGUCCCCUGCCCCUGCUCUGGGCCUGGCUCCUUCCUGCUCUCUCCCGCAGGCGGGGCUGUGUGCCUGGGUGCAAGUAGCACUAGGUGCUGGUUGUGCCAGCACCUUCACGUCCCCUUGCUGGGCUUGGCUCACAGCUGGGGUGCUGUAAGGCUGGCACUGACUCUCAGAGGGAUCGUCCCCAGGGACAGUCGAUGGCCACAGAGUUAUGUGGGUAGAGUGGACUUCCACAGAUGGUUAAAGACGGCCACUGGGGUGCUGACCUUGCGGACUGAAAGCCUGGGACCUCGGUUUUCACCGGCAGCAGGGGCAGUGCCCACGUGCUGGGGGCUUGGAUGAGGUCCAGGACUGGGGGCGGGGC